AUGGCCCCACCACCUGCACCACCCGCACCCUCCUCCAUGGAGGACAUGUUAUGCCUCCUCGAGAAGUACGACAGGAGCGUGGAUGGCACCAUCGGAGAGCAGGAAUUGGUCCAGCUUGUCAAAGCCCUUGACAAAGGAUCCUUCUGGGACGAGGCCAAGCUAAUGUCCUUGACGAAGGGCUUGGGCUUGGAUGCGGGAAGACUGAAACUGACGUCCUUUGCACGGAUGCUCUUCGAGGGCCCCCAAGCCGCCUUGUACCAGGUGGUCCGACAGGACUUGCAGAAGGCCAUGUCGGCACCUGAAUGGGAUGACGGCAGCUACGCGCCGAUCCUCAUCCGUUUGGCCUGGCACUCCUCAGGCACCUACGACAAAGUGGACGGCACUGGGGGCUCCAACGGAGCCACCAUGAGACACGCCUUGGAGAUGAAUGAUCCGGAGAAUGCGUACUUGGAGCACGCCCGAGCUUUACUCGAGCCUGUGAAGGCCAAGCAUCCUUGGAUCUCUCAUGCAGACCUUUGGAUCCUGGCUUCCUACGUCGCACUCGAGAACACGAAUGGUCCAAGGAUUGCUUUCACUGGUGGUCGCGUGGACGCACCUGAAGAAAAGGCGGUCGCCCCGGGCAGGCUUCCUGGGGCCGAGCACGGCCUGGCAGCAGGCAUGGAGGUUGAUGAGGAAGGCCGUCUGAAGGGCUGGGAGAACCUCGCUCACCACAUCCGUGACGUCUUUGGACGGAUGGGCAUCACUGACAGGGAGGCCGUAGCCCUGAUUUGCGGUGGCCACAUUUAUGGACGCUGCCACCCAGAAUCGACUGGCUCCGGGUAUGCCGGAGCCUGGGUGGAGAUGCCAACCCUUUUCAGCAACGAGUACGCAGCCGACAUGGUCGGAGACAAGUGGAUUGCAGUGACGCAUGACACGGUGAUGCCAGAUGGAGGCCAAGUGCCAGAAGAGGUCCGACCUGCUCCUGGAAAGAGGCAGUAUAUUGACCUGACGAAGUACGAGGGAGAGGAGGAGGAUGGGGAAGCCCAAGAAGCACCGGACGCCAAAGAGUAUCCACCAGGCCGCUACAAAUGUUUGACUCAGUGGGUCAAUAUCCAUGAACAGCCGGAUGUCUCCUCGCCUGUUCACGGCCGUUGCCUUCAGAAGGAGGAGCUUUCCUUCCUGGCUGUGAAAGUUUUUGGAACAGAGCUACGCGGGCUCGCAGAGCGUGGUGGCUGGAUUUCGCUGGCCAGCGGGGCAGGGAAGCCUCUUUUCGAGAAGAUCUCGGAGCUAGAUCCCAAGCCGCUGCAAGGGCGCUACCGCGUCAGGGUUGCGAGUGCGCCCGUCUUCGAAGCACCUUCUUCUUCUGCUCAGGAAGUUGGACAUCUGAAGGCUAGCGAGGAGGUCAGCUUGGAUGAAGUUCGUAUCGAAUGCGACGGCACAGAUGUCUCCGUCAUGGGAAGGCUUGCUGGGACUGCAGGAGGUUUUUCUGGAUGGGUGACCGUCUACGCCUCUGGCCCCGUGGGUCUGGUGUGUGAGCAGAUUGUCGAAGGCUACAACGAGAAGCCCCGCAAGCCACUCAAAGGUCAGACUGGCCAUCAAAUGAUGCUGGUUUCGGACAUGGUGCUGCUGUGGGAUCCCGGUUUUAGGGAGCACCUCGAGGCAUAUGCCGAAAACGAGGACUUGUUGAAGCGCGAGUUUGGGGAGGCUUUCAAGAAGCUCACCGAGCUCGGCUGCCCUUGGUCCAAGGCUGCUCCUGGUCCAGCUACCGGCUGUGCAGCGGUCACCGCUGGUCGCUGCCCUUUUGUACAGUGA